AUCAAGCGUGCUCCAUGCGUUGCGACUCGCCGCCCCUUUCGCUUACGCAAUUCCGCGCGUAUCUGGCCUCACAUCUCCAAGGUCACCCAUUAUGCUCGGACACUCUGCCGAUAUGUGGAAGAUUCCUUGCAAUGUCCGAUGCCGCGUGUUGCCUUCCAGCACCGUGUUGUUCGAGCGCGUCGACGGUGUCCCCAUAACGGCCCUCGACAACAUCGCAGUACAGCUCGUGAGGGACAAGGAUGGUCAUAUUUUCUUCCGUGUGCAUGAGGCCGACGCGGGAAACUUCCAGGAUUUUAUCGACACCACGGAAAGCAUUGCCAUGUGGGGGCCGACGCCGUGUCUUGAGAUUGACCAACGGAUCCCCGAUAGACUUGGGCGCGUCCUCAUUGAUGGCGGGGGCCAGCAACAUGUACUCUGCGGCCCAGAUGACAUGGGGUUCGGGCACCGCGCGUGGCCUUCCGCCAGCCCAUUCAACUCUCCGCACGUCCCCGGAAUGCCAGUCCACUUCAGACAUCAAGUGUUCACCGAUGUCCACCUCGACUCGCAGUUCAAGCCUCAGGGCUCGUGGCUGCGCUCCCAGAACCCAGACGAAACCCUGCAUACCAGCUUGAUCCAGUAUAACGUUACUGUUGACGGCGCCGCGUGGGACUUCGAUGACACCGACAUCACCCCUCUCAAGUAUCGGAGGGGCGUGCAACACGUAGUAAUCCGGUUUUCGACCCCGGAGCACUUCGACUAUGAUCACAAGAUCCCCAUUGCGGCCAAUAACCUCCGCGCCAUUCUCAAGCGCGCAUGCGGCCUGUACAACCGCACCUGCGUCGUGACGCUCGCCGGGCUCAAAGGGCGCUACGGCGUGGUCGCCAGCUCCGAAAUUGGUGACAUCGAAGAAUACGCACGCCGCUGCCUCAUUGAAUUCUGGAUGCAGCACCAGCCGGACUCACUAGAAGCUGUCGUUGGAUUGGACGAUGGCAUGCUAAACCAUGUGGUAGAAAGAGCGUACAACCCAGCGGAAGUCGUCUUCUACGGGUGACAAACAGGGAUACUUCAUUUCAGUAUAUGGAUGCAGUCGAUAGUGG